CCCAGAACCAGGAUGAUGAGUUGGGAAGGUGCUGCUAGGGUUAAUAGCGGGGUAAAGGAGGGGUAGUGAUGCCUGGUCAAGGAUUGCCAGGACAUCCUCUUUGUAAAGGAGGCUGCAGCACUAUCUGCUGUUUAUUGCUUCCCUCCUGGCUCUGAGGAGGUGGUGUGCGGGCUGGAAGCGGGAAUGCGCAUGAGAAGAGGCAAGGCUGAGGGGGAAGUUUGGCUCCCUCGCAGGGAAAACAUCUCCUUUUUUUCCUUUGUUCCACGUAAACCCAGCCAGAAUUAACCACUGACACUGCUUUUUCAGCAGGGAUUUUUGCUGUCUUUCCGUUCAAGAUUUGGCAGGUCAAGCUGGUGACCGGACUCCACUGCUCAGCAGAAUUGUUCUGCUCAGCUCUGUUGAGGCCUUGGAACUCCUUGGAGCAAGGAAGAGGACAGGGCCACCCUGAGCCAUGUCCAGUGACCCUCCACCACCCUACCCGGGAGGCCCCUCAGCGCCGCUGAUAGAAGAGAAGCACGGAUCCCCCCCCGUGGCAGAUGGCAUCCCUCCAGUGGUGGGACAACCCCAGGGGGUUCCCAUUCCUCCUCCUGAAUUUGGGCCCCCACCAUACGAACCACCCUCGCAGCCAGGGUUCAUACCCCCCCACAUGCCCACAGACCCAUCUGGACCCUAUGUGCCACCAGCAGGUUACUACCCCCCGCCAGGCCCUCACCCCUCCAUGGGCUACUACCCAGCCCCAGGGCACUACCCCUCUCCUGGGGGCCACACAGCCACAGUGCUGGUCCCAUCGGGGACUGCCACCACCGUGACAGUGCUGCAGGGUGAGAUCUUCCAGGGCGCCCCAGUGCAGACGGUGUGUCCCCACUGCCAGCAAGCCAUCACCACCAAGAUCACCUACGAGAUUGGGCUCAUGAGCUUCCUUCUUGGCUUCUUGUGCUGCUUCGUGGGGUGUGAUCUCUGCUGCUGCCUGAUCCCCUGCCUGUUCGAUGACUUCAAGGAUGUGACACACACGUGUCCCAAUUGCAAGGCCUACAUCUACACAUACAAGCGCAUGUGCUAACAGCACCCUGGGAGCCCGAGCCACUGGAAUGACACUGGGCCCUCUCCCACUGCCGUCCUUGUCUCUACGUGCAACACUGCUUUGCUUAACUCUCUGGUGGUGUCUGUGUGUGUGUAUCCCUGGCUCCAUCCUGCUCAGAGCUGCGACCGUCUCCCCAGCCUCUGAUCCUUGCUGUGAACAGUUGGAUUGGUGACGUGGGUGCACAAGGAAGGUGGAUGCAGGCCCCAUAUGCUGUGUAUGGGGCAUUGCUCUGCACCCCCCUCAUGGUCCCAGGAGAGGGGUGCCAGUGAGGCCCCUCUUGCCUGGAGCAACAGCUGCUGGAGGCACCUACCCCUGGGUCCCCCACAGUGCAGGGGGCAUGUGGUGGGAGGGAGCUGUUGCAGGCAGGGACAGGUGUUGCCAGGAGGGGAGAGGGGACUCAAGCAGCCCACAGCACGCACAGGGGAAACACUUUUAGGAAGGGGUUGGGUGGUGACAGUCAUGGGCAUGUGCCAUAUGUGCCACAUGGGCAGCGCCACAUGUGCCAGGUUUCAGUGUGGGUCAUGGCCCUCUCCAGCCAGGACAGCAUGAAGCCCAUAGGCAGAGCCACCUUCAAGGCAUAGUAUGUGGGGGGACACUUGGCAGCACCACUGCACCCUUGAUCAGCACCUCCGUCCUGCCAGAGCAGCCCAGCAAUCACUGCAGUGCUGCUCCAGCUGCAUGUGCCCCUGCUGCCACUCUUUUGGUGUGGGAAAGCUCCUGGCAGCCUCUCACCCCCCUGUCCACUGUUAGUGACAACUGCCCUCCCAUGCCCCUCCCUGCCCAGCCCUAGAGGUGAGGCUGGUACCAGGCCCCACUGGCUCGCAGCACUGCAGCAGAGCCAUGGCCUGAGCCCAUCAGGGGCUGUUGGGCACGCACCCUGCACCACCCAUCCUGCCACUACCACACCCAUUGGGGUUCCUCAUUGCAUGUGGGUAUAGGGAUUUAGUUUUAGCUCACGUGAUAGGGGCUGAAGAAGGGGGCAAGCAGGAAGUGACAGGAGCUGCCCACAGCACUGUGACAGAUGAGGGCAAGGGGACCCGGGAGUGUUUUUGGCCUCUUGUGGCAGCUCCUUCCUCCCCAGGCCCCACAACCAGGGCAGCUGGAAAGCACAUCCCCUGGAGAACAGGGGUCUCAGUCCAUAGGUCUGCAUUCACAGCUGGGCCUGCACAGGCAGCUGCCCUUUGCUCAGAGUUGGAACUGUGGCACUAGUUUGUUUUUACAUAAAUAAAUAACAGACCCUCAA